UUUCGACGCUUGGCUGAUAACCCUCUAAACGUCAAGUGAGACAACAUCAUCUCGAUUAUCUAGCGAUAACAUUUGGUUUGUGAUCAAUGAUGUGGAUACGGGUCUUCGUGAUGUUUGUCACUGCCGUAAUCAUUGACGGCGCGAAGAGAGCGACGACGAGAAGCAGUGUUUCUCUCUUGACACGACCACGCCCGGUGCUCCGACCGAGCGAUCGCAUCAUGCCGCUACCGCUCCUUGAAGACCCUCGAGAUUACACUCGACCCGAAACUCGUGAUCUUCUAGAGAGCAAACUACGCCGAAAGAUGGGCAACGCUCUCGAUGAACGAUGGAUGUCAAUCACGGAACCGACAUCGCCAUCGACAAACGGAGUCGACAAUACUCCUAAUCUUCGCAAUACCUGGUUACGUCGUCAGCUGAACUCGUUGAAUCUCUCACGAGACUCGUCGAUGGUUAAUCUAUCCGAUCAGGAAGUUGCAUCCUUGGAGUCUUGGCUAAUGUGGAAAGCAAACUGUAUCGUCAACUACGAAUGGGUUUACGUCGGGCCCCUGUUCUGGCCAUCGUGGGUGAAACACGGAACGUGCCCCAAGAAGCCGUGUUCGUGGCCAGCGGGAAUGACCUGCGUACCGGGGGACAGUACCAACAUCAGACUCUUACGAUGGCAUUGUCGAAGUCGUCAGACGUCGACAGUCACCAACGAAGAAUCGCAGGGGAAGUCGUCCGGUGGUUCGUCCAGCGGGAAACAAUGCAGGUGGCUCAAAGUUCCAUACGUAAUCACAACACAAUGUGUGUGCAGUUGCAGCUAAUAUAUACUCAAUCAUUAUAAAAUGACGACUUUGGAGAGAAGAAUACUAUUUAUUGAUUUAUUGAUUGGUGUCU